CUUUGGCAGAAGCGAUAUCCUCUCGGAGCGGGAAGGACGCAUGCGCAAUAGUAACAAGUGACGCCAAAGCUUUGCCCUUCGCAUUCCCCAGCCCCUUUUCCCACUUUGCAGCGAGUGGGCCGGCGAGAAAAGAGCAUGCGCAGAAAUAUACGAAGCAGGGACGCGACUGUUAGGUGGAGACGCAUGGGCAACACACGCCAACACAAGGGGAUUUGGAAGAGAAGAUCAUUGAAGGAGGCGUCUUCUUAGAUUCAAAGCUUUAAGGCGUAAAAGGACAAUGUCAAUCCUCACAAUACAACUUGGCCAGUGCGGUAACCAGAUUGGGCGGGAAGUGUUCGAUACCAUUUGCACUGAUCUGCACAGAACAGAUGGGGUUUGCUCUAAAACGGAAAACCGUUCCUACCAAGCAGCCUCUGCAGAGCGGUUCUUCGAUGAGGAGGCAACCGGAGCUCUGACUGCUCGGGCCGUCCUUGUCGAUAUGGAGCCUAAAGUGAUAGGCCAGACCUUAUCCAAAGGAUCCCGGUCUGGUGGCUGGAAAUACGACCGUCAGUCCCAUUUCUGUCAGAAGCAGGGUUCGGGGAACAACUGGGCGAACGGGUACUGCGUUCACGGCCCCAGACACAAAGAGACAGUCAUGGAUUUGGUCCGAAAGGAGGCCGAGAAGUGUGACCGCCUGAGUGGAUUUCUCACCAUCAUGAGCAUGGCAGGCGGGACCGGAUCGGGCCUGGGGGCCUUUGUGACAGCGAGCUUGAGGGACGCCUACCCCACCUCCUUCCUGCUAAACCACGUGAUCUGGCCCUAUGGAACUGGUGAGGUGAUUGUUCAAAAUUACAACUCGGUCCUGACCCUGUCACAUCUAUAUCAGUCUUCGGAUGCCCUCCUGGUUCACGAGAAUGACGCCAUCCACAAGAUCUGCACCCAGUUAAUGAACCUCAAGCAGACCUCUUUCUGGGAUGUAAAUCGAGUCAUCGCUCAUCAGCUGGGGAGCGUCUUCCAGCCGGCUUAUCCCUCCGAAGGAGCUGCUCAGUACAGCAGAAGCCCCCUUGGGGAUCUAAUGGAAGCGCUGGUGCCCCAUCCCGAGUUCAAGAUGCUAGGUCUGCGUAACAUUCCCCAAAUGUCCGAAAGCUCGCUUCCCUUUAGCACCUUUGCGUGGCCUGGCCUUCUGCGACACCUGCGGCAGAUGCUAAUUGCAAACGCCCACAUGGAAGAAGGGAUAGAUUGGCAGGUGCGGCCUCCAACCCCUGGCCUCCCUGCGCCUCAGAAACGGUCUCCGAACAGGACAGUUCGUUUCAACACCUCCAUCGCCAACUUGGUGACCUUACGCGGAAAGGAUGUACAAAGCGCGGAUCUUGGGAGUUUUCAAGAGCCUGCUCUGUAUACUUCCUGGCUCAGCCCCCGAGAGGCCUUGACUGUCUGGAAGACCCCGAGAGCUUUUAACAAAUACGAGAAAUCGGCAUCGUUGGUCAGCAACAGCCAGUUUUUGCUGAAGCCCCUCGACAGCGUCGUGGGGAAGGCCUGGAAAAUGUUUGCUUCCAAGGCAUAUGUUCAUCAAUACGCAAGAUUUGGGCUGGAAGAAGAUGAUUUUCUGGACAGUUUCACAACUCUGGAACAAGUGAUUGCCAGUUACGCUGGCCUCUGAGUCCCACUGUUGGCUAGCUUGAGGCCGGCUUUGCCUUGGCCGAUCUAAAAGCCCAGGAUGGGGGGUGAAACAGCUGUGACAUCUCUCAGGAGGUGUGCAGACGUCAGAUGUAAAAGGUCUGCAUUGCUGAAGCGAUCGAGAAAUGGAGUGAAGCGGAGCCUAAACAAAAGGGCAAAAGCUAGUGUCUUCGGAAGGCACCCCAUCUCCGACGUCGCUCUUUGGUUUAGCAAAGGAGAAUCUGGACACACGAAGCUCAAGUCCUGGCAUCAAGGCUGUGCCCCCCUCCAGGGGAAGAAGUUGGCACUGAAACACGAAUUUGUUUCCAUGGGCUAAUCGGAUCUCUGUUGACGUGAGAGUCGUAUCCGCCCAAAGAGCGCAAAAAGACUCUGGCUUGGGGCCAGACCUUUCAGGGUGGGAAACCUCCGAAGGGAUUAAAGAUCUCCCACCUCAAUAGCACGUAGUUCUCACUUAUUGUAUAUUUUGGAAAUGAAAUAAACCUGUUUUAUA